UGUGAAGAGGAGGAUGACAACCUGACUGGUGCUGGUGCCUUGCAGCUUGCCUCUGAUGGGCAUCACGCUAACAAACGAGCUCACCAUAAUGCUCUAGAGCGCAAACGCAGGGACCACAUCAAAGACUCCUUCACAUCUCUUAGAGACUGCGUACCUGCUUUACAGGGAGAAAAGUCUAGCCGAGCUCAGAUCUUGAAGAAGGCCUCAGACUACAUUGAUUUUAUGAGAAAAAAGAUUUCUGCUCACCAAGCUGAUAUUGAAGACCUCCAAAGACAAAAUGAGCUGCUGGAAGCUCAGAUCAAGUCCCUGGAGCGGGCGAAAUACACGGGAAACUUUGCUGCCAUGAGCAGCAAUGGCGACCCCUCUAAACAGGGCAGUGAUGACUACAGCGGAGCGUCCUCGUCUGAGGAAGCUGAUGACGAAGACUUGGAUGACCAAGCCUUCCCUCGACGCAAAAGACUCAAGAGUUAGCCCUUGACUCCACCCGUGUGGUUAGGAAUAACAAGCAAUCAGUUGCAGUGUUCAGCUAACGACUCUUUGCGUUUGAGCAAUCAAAUUUAAACUUAAGACAAUUCCUGCCACCAUCUGCGAUUUUGCGCCAUGUUUUCAUCUUUUAAACGUUUCAUUUUUAACUGUUCAACGUUUAGUGAACAGUUUAUUGACUGUUCAAUUUAUUUAACGUGUAUUUUUAACUGUCCAACGUUUACUGAGCAGUUUUCUGUGUACUUCCAUAUUUAUAUGCAGCUUCGCCUCCUAUUUACAUAUAUUACAUUUACAUAUUUAAAUGCAGAGAGUCUAUUUUGAGUUAGCUGCAUAAAGAAGGGUUUCAUUUUAAUGGCAUGUGCAAGAGAUUAUCCUGGUUUUUUUUUAGAAUUUUCCCGCGAUAUUUUUAUCACUUUAUUUUAGGCUCAUGUGAUUUUACAUCACAGUCCGGUAAAAGCCAAUAAAGAUUUUAAAACUUACCACUGCUUGUGACAAUUUUAAAAUGUCCUAUAAAUGUUUCAAUAAACGCAUUCACUGUUGUGUUUACUGAUAUGAUUGUUUGACAACAGAGAGCAAAUGACCUCCUCUGCUCUGAUAAUGGAAACUGAUGAAAAUGUGCAUAAUGAAUAAUUCCUUCGAUUAUCCGAAUUCUUUCGAGAUGUAACGCAAUUGUGUCCAGAGUUAGUUAGCUUCAUCACAAGCUGGUUGUUAACAUCCAUUUAUAUUCUGUUCCAUGUACACACUUGAAUGUGUUGUUACCAAAUAUUUUUAAGCCGGGUCAUUCUUUAUAACUGGUUUUUAAUUGUAAUGUAAACGAAAAUUGCCAGUAACCUUAAAAAUUCAGUAUAAAUAUUGCCCGAUUAAGGGUUCUGUUGCUGGUCAGGUUCAUAUCCAGAUUUUUCUGUAACAUCAACAGUGCAAAGUUUUCCAACAGUGCCAAAAAUUGUUCUGUUUUAAUUGAAGCUUGUAAAGAGUAUUCUUUGUAUAUUAGGUUGUAUUGCAUCUAUUGUUUGUUGCGCUGAACGUCUAAGUGCUAUAUUUAUUUUUUUUUGCAUUGUUUCUAAUUUAUAGAUAUUUUGGGACUGUCCGCUAUGUGCUUUGUUUUUAUCCGCAAUUAUUUCAAUUAAUUCGUGUCUGGUUGUAGCAAAAUUUUAUCGUCUGAAAAAAAAUCUUUCGUCCAAA